AUGUCUAUAUCCACAGAACCUCUCAUCGUCAUCGGGGCAGGCGCCACAGGCCUUUCGGUCGCAACACUUCUGCAAUCACACUAUCCGAAAGCCUCAAUCACCAUCAUCGCCGCCGAGACACCAGCCAGCCCGUCACCUUCUGCAGACUAUGCAUCCAGGUGGGCCGGCGCACACUAUCGCCCAAUCCCCGGCUCGUCGCGACAGUAUGAGCAAGAGAGACAGAUGGCGCUCAAGACGGUAGAGAAGAUGACGAAGCUUGCAAAGGAAACACCCGAAGCUGGUGUGGGACUCAUGAUGGGUGUCGAAUAUCUCGAAAACCCGCUCGAGGAAAAUCUGGUACUCAUGACAGGAGAUGUCUAUGCUGGUCCAGGGGAUGAAUUUCGUAUCCUUGACCAAUCUGAACUCCCUCCCGGGGUGAAGUGGGGUUGCGAGUAUUGGACCUAUUGCGUCAAUAUCGAGAUAUAUUGUCGAUGGCUUCUCGACCGCUUCAUCUCGAAUGGAGGCCAAAUCAUUCAACAUAGACUAUCAGCUGCGGCGGACGCAUUCGAAUUCGCUCGGAAAAGAGGCCUGGCCAGCCCUUCGGUAGUCGUAAACUGCUCCGGACGGAACUUUGAUCAAGAUGUAAAGAUGAAGAUCAUCCGCGGUCAGACGGUUCUGGUGGAACAACAAUACGACAAAACGGUGACCCGGCAAAAUCGCGAUGGAAGUUGGAAUUUUCUCGUUCCACGCCCACGAGGUGGAGGGACCAUUGUCGGGGGGACGAAGGAGAUAGGUGAUUGGGAGACUCGACCCCGGCCGGAGACACGGCAGAAGCUGCUCCAAAAGUGUGUUGAAAUGUUUCCCGAGUUUGUGGACUCAGUCGACAAGUUUGAGGUGAUCAAAGAUAAUGUCGGCAGAAGACCAUGGCGAGAGGGCGGAUAUCGGAUUGAGACUGAGUCAAUCAGUUCCAAUCAGAGGAUCGUCCACGGGUAUGGGGCUGGUGGCCGAGGGUUUGAAUUGAGUUGGGGCGCAGCAGAGAGUGUUCUGGAACUUGUCAAAGAUUCUAUCACUGCGAUGGCCAGAAUGUGA